UCUAAAAUCAAUUGUCAUAGCCAUUAGUGAUUUUGCUUCUCUCCCUUAGAAGAAUGGCAACAACAGUGAAACUAAUGCUUGUGACAUGCAUUUUGGCUACGUGGGCAGUGUUGGCUGUCAACAGUACAAUGCAACCGAUGCAGUCCCCAGCUCCUGCGCCGAGCGUGGACUGCACUGAUCUCAUGUACGACAUGUUUUCCUGUCUGUCAUAUUUGACAGUCGGAAACAACGAUACAAAGCCCGGGGACUCGUGUUGCGCUGGACUUAAGACGGUGAUCGACACCGAUGCAGAUUGCUUAUGUAAAGGCCUAAAAGCCAGUUCUGGUUUGGGUUUUAAUAUUAAUUUCAAAAAGGCCAAGGCCAUACCUUCUGUUUGUAACAUCCCUACUCCACCGUCACUGACCAGCUGUGACUCUUCCUCUUCUGAUGCUUCUCCUGCCCCCUCUCCUCCCUCUACUCCAAGUACUCCUCCUGCUAAUCCUCCUCCAAGCAUCCCUCCACCAGAAACAACUCCAUCACCUCCAACAAUAGAGCCAGGUGCUCCGGCACCCAGCGUGGAUUGCAGUGAUCUGAUAUACGACAUGAUAGACUGUCUGACAUAUUUGACAGUAGGAAACAACGAUACGAAGCCAGGAGACUUGUGUUGCACUGGACUUAAGACGGUGCUCGACACCGAUGCAGAUUGCUUAUGUAAAGGCCUAGAAAGCAGUGCUAGUUUGGGUUUUAAUAUUGAUUUCAAAAAGGCCAAGGCCAUACCUUCUGUUUGUAAUAUCCCAACUCCACCUUCACUGACCAGCUGUGACCUUGCCUCUUCUGGUUCUCCACCUCCUGCUGUCCCCUCUCCUCCUUCUGCUCCCAGUACUCCCCCUGUUUCGCCUGCUACUCCUCCACCAAUCAGCCCUCCACCAAAAACAUCCCCACCUCCUCCAACAACAGAGCCAGGGGCUCCGGCACCCAGCGUGGAUUGUACCACUCUGAUAUACGGCAUGUCUGAUUGUCUGACAUAUUUGACAGUUGGAAGUAAUGAAACAAAGCCAGAAGACACGUGUUGCACUGGACUUAAGACGGUGUUAGACACCGAUGCAGAUUGCUUAUGUGAAGGCCUAAAGAGCAGUGCUAGUUUGGGUUUUAACAUUGAUUUCAAAAAGGCUAAGGCCAUACCUUCUGUUUGUAAGAUCCCCACUCCACCAUCACUGACCAGCUGUGAUCUCACCUCUUCUCCCUCAACUCCUGGUGCUCCUUCUCCUCCUGUCGCCAAGGUUCCACCACCCGCCACUAGCCAAGGAGGAAAAGUUAGUGACGCUCCGGCACCAUCCCCUGUUACCAACUCUGGAGCUUAUGCCAUGACUUAUUCCCGUUUUAGUAUGGUGGUUGUUCCAUUCCUGUAUAUCUUAGCAUAAACUAGGAAGAACAUAUGAUUGCGACAUGUUAUGUAGUUUUUAGCAUGCUUUCUCUCUUAGUACUUAAUUAGGAUUUAUUUAUCAGUUUUGUGUUUGUUGCAAAUUUGACAUUAUGUUUUUGUUUAGUUGGUACGUAGUGAUAUUUGUUUUCAACAUAUGAGCCGUUUCUGAGUUUGUAGGGUAAAACUCUACUUGGUUUGUUGUAAGGUUAUAU